CACGGCGACCUGGUGCGGGAGGAGCUGGCCAUGGUGCAGGGCGCGCUGGAGCUACGCACCAAGGUGGUGGAGGAUGUGCUGACACCGCUGGCCGACUGCUUCAUGCUCCGGGCCGAUGCUGUGCUGGACUUCGCCACCGUCUCUGAGAUCCUCCGAUCUGGUUACACACGCAUUCCAGUCUAUGAGGGUGACCGGCGCGACAACAUUGUCGACCUGCUCUUUGUCAAAGACCUGGCCUUUGUCGACCCUGAUGACUGCACUCCCCUGCAGACUGUCACCCGCUUCUACCGCCGCCCGCUCCACUGCGUCUUCAACGACACACGCCUCGACACGCUGCUCGAGGAGUUCAAGAAGGGGAAGUCCCACCUGGCCAUCGUGCAGCGGGUGAACAACGAAGGGGAAGGAGACCCGUUCUACGAGGUGAUGGGCAUUGUCACCCUGGAGGAUGUCAUCGAGGAGAUCAUCAAGUCCGAGAUCCUGGAUGAGACAGAUCUCUACACUGACAACCGGAAGAAGGAGCGGGUUCCCCACCGGGGACGCAAGCCCCAGGAUUUCUCCAUCUUCAGGCUCUCAGAGAGUGAGAUGAAGGUGAAGAUCUCCCCACAGCUCCUCCUGGCCACCCAUCGGUUCAUGGCAACAGAAGUGGAGCCUUUCAAGUCCCCCUACCUCUCUGAGAAGAUCCUGCUGCGGCUCCUGAAACACCCCAAUGUCAUCCAGGAGCUCAAGUUCGACCGGAAGAACAAGAAGGCAGCAGAGCAUUACCUCUACCAGCGCAACCGCCCUGUCGACUACUUCGUGCUCAUCCUGCAGGGGAAGGUGCAGGUGGAGGUCGGCAAGGAAGGACUGCGCUUUGAGAACGGGGCCUUCACCUACUAUGGUGUCCCUGCCAUCAUGGCUGUUGUCUCCUCAGAAAAUGAUGUGCGAAAAAUGGGAAGCCUGGCAGGAUCCUCCUUCCUACUGCCUGUCUCAGUGUCCCGUACUUUCGCCUUCAGCAGAGGGGACUCCCUGGCUGGCUCUCCAGUGAACAGGUCACCGUCGCGCUGCAGUGGCCUCAACCGCUCAGAGUCCCCCAACCGGGAGGACUAUGGAGGGAGCAGCACACAGCUCCACAGCAGCAGCAACAACAUCUACACGCCCGACUACUCUGUGCACAUCCUCUGCGACGUGCAGUUCGUCAAGGUGACCCGGCAGCAAUACCACAACGCGCUGGUGGCCAGCCGCAUGGACAGCUCGCCGCAGUCCCCGGACAUGGAGGCCUUCGACAGGGACUCAACCAAGGCCUCGACUGCACGGGGAACCCCACAGACACCUAAGGAGGACCCUGCCACCCUCCUGAAUGAGAGGAACAGCAUCAUGUGCAGCCGCUCGGAGGGGCUGCGCAGUCCCAGCGAGUCGGUGUUCCUGCGCAUGGAGGGCAUCCCCUUCAUCCAGGAGGAGCUGGCUGACAACGAGGAGAACAGCAAGCGGCAGAACAGUGAGUGCUGCGGGACCGUCCUGGAAGCAGAGUCCCCAGGGCGAGAGGCCGGGACCAGCUCAUCGCCGAGCAGCUCUGAGGAGGCGCUGGGCAAGAGGCUGCUGAGAUCCCUCAGUGGGCGCAAGCAGCGGACAUCGUCAGAAGGUGAGAAGUCUCCAGAGGAAAGCUCCAAUCUCGCCCCAUUGAUCACCUGAGCAGUAGCGUGGCCAGAGCACAGUGCUGGAGGCCCGUGCAGACUGGAGGUCUGCAGCAUGGGGUCUCCUGCCGAGGCUCACGUCCAACAGCAGGAGGUCUGCACUCGCUCGCUGCCUGUCCGCCCUCUCGUGCCGCCCCUCCCUGCAGGAUCUGUGCAGAGCCUCAUCCCCAGGCGAGAAAGGAUGGACCCCACAGGGCUGAACCACGCAGGCAGCCUGCACCAGCUAGCUGGAGUCCAAGGGCCCUUGCCCUUGCGAGCCGCUCCCUGGUAGCAUCUGGUGUCAAGGAAGAGGUGGAAAAAGGAAAGGUGAAAAAGUGUCUGUGACGGCAUCCCUGCAAGCAGCGCAGGGAGGGGCAGCCCAAGCCAGAACUGCCCUUUAACAUCACUUACCAUCCCCAUCCCAGCGAGGCCCGGAGCCCUGCAGUGCCGGUGCUGCAAGAUGUCGUCUCCAGCAAGAGGAGAAUGUGCUCUUUGGGAGUGCCACAGCAGCUAAGGGCCUCAGCACACAUUGGUGCCGUGCCUGGUGACACGCCCGCUUGCAGCGCCUCGCUCAUGCUGGCCAUGGACAUGGCCCAGCCCUCCCGAAGCCCUGCCAGGCCCAGGGCAAGGAGCCCCGCUCACCCCCAGUGCAGCCCCCUCGCUGGGGAGGGGGCUCUCCAUGCUGCAUUGGACCAUCCUCCUCUCCACACACGCCUGCCGCUGUGAGGGAGGCUCGCACCAAGACCUGGGGGUGGGACAGACCAGUCAGUAGUUUUUGUAGAGGCUCAACGCAACGGGAAUAUCAACAUUAAAAGUGAUUUUUCCCUGAG